AUUUUGAUGUGUGGCUUCAGUAAGAAAGUGUGGGAAUCAACGUUCUUCUGUUUUGUUUUCUUGUCUGUCAGAUAAGACGAAGCCUUGCGUUAGAAGUGAACCAACGUAAUCAUCCGUUUCUUUGGUUAAGGAAAUUCCUCUUGCCAAGCUGUUCGUCGCUAUGAGUUGUAACGAGAAGAACAACAAACGGCGGAAGAAACGGUCGAAGCAAAGUACAGAGACGGACACACACGUUCCGAAAUCCCUUGAAACUCGAGAGCUACAGAAUAAUUCAUCUAGAGAUGAUGACUCACCAAAGGCUGGAACUCCCACAAUAGAUGGUGAACGCUGUCUUCUUUGUCACAAAGAACGUUAUGAGAGAAACAAGAAAGGAGAACUUACUAAAUCUUCAACUCAAACAUCAAAUCCUAAUGGAACUUCAGUGUCACAGGUUCCACUGUGGGUAUGUCCAGAAUGUAGAAGAAGUAUUGAGGAGGAAGAACGCAGGGCAGCAAUGGAACCAUCAAUACCUGUGCAAGACUUCAAGGAAAAGCCAUCUUUGAAUCUCACUCUCUCAAUCACAACCAAACCUUUUGAGCAACAAUCCAAGUGCUUUCACCAAAACUGCAGUAGAAGCUCUGUCAAGCAAGAUACAAUAAAAGCUGCUGAAAUUAAGGAGAAAGAAAGGCAACAACUGCGGUGUUGUUGGGGCGAGGUUAAAAACAUUGUGAGGUGUAUUUACAGAGAGGCUGGAACAUCCUUAGCAGAUGGGGAAGAAACUGUUAAAAAUUCUUUAGAUGAAAACAGACUCAGAUUCAAAGUAGAUAAAUUACUAAAAAGUGAUCCUGCUCAGUUGUUUGAAAAACUUGAAAUUCAAGCCAGGGAAUAUGUCCGAGAAGUGAAAGUACGCCUUGUGAAAUAUUUGACAUCAUGUCCCUUGUCCCCAAACCAUGCUAAAGAAUUUUUUACUAUGUUACUGGAUGAAUACCAAGCACUGUCAAAGGCUUUUGAUAUCCUCAGACCAUUCUUCUCCAAGCUGGAUGUUGACCAUUUGAAAGAGUUUGGUUUGAAUUGGGAUCUCUUACACAAACACCUUUUUUACACUGAAAUCUAUCGGGACCCUGCAGUUUAUGGCAACCUUCCUGGGCUAAUUACUCAGUUAAGACUAGGUGCAGUUGCAAAAGAGAAUUUUCAUCAGGACACAUUUCCAAACUUACUACACAGGUACCUUAAUUUUACUGAUGAUCUCACUGAGAUUGAGUUUUCAUGGAAAGAGAGUGAGAGAGCGUUCAAAUUCUAUAAAGAAAAACAGGCUGAACUUCGCGAAAAAACCGGCAUACCAAAAGUGGAGUGGGAAGAUGAUUCUACAGGAGUAGAGUGGAAAAAUAGGAUAGUUCUGGGUUCCAAGAAGCUUACUCAACAAAAGUGUCAUUGUGGUCACUGCAGUGUUCCUUCAUUGCCCCUCAAUUCACCAGUACCAUCAAUACCACCUUUUAAAACAGCAAGUUCACACACAAAACCCUGCGGCAAUCACAUCUCAGCUGCAGUAUCCACUCAUAACACAGCUGGUAGCAGGAUGCAGUGGACAAACCCAGUGUCGGUGCCAAACUUCAGUCCUCACCUUUUGGUGGCUAAUGACCUCCAUAGUAUCCCACCCUCCCAACUUCUGCCGCCGCCACCUCUCAUGAUGAAUGGUGGAGCAAAUCUUUGUCAAUGCUCAGCAUGUAGUGGUACAACUGGGUAUCGGGAAGGAGUUAAAAGUACAGAACAGCAUACGAGUGGUAGCAAGAUGGCCGAAUGUCAGUGUAGUAAGUGCCCCUAUCAUGGUGUAAAGGAUCAGGAAACAAGACUUAAGGCCGAGAACAAGAACUUUACCACCCAUCCCUUUCCUGCAGUCCACGCUUCAUCCCCAAACAACAAUCCAAUUCACAGCAAUUACUUUCAUCCACAUCACGGCAAGCCCCUCCCUGCCACCUCCCUUCACCUCUCAGAGAUCCAUCGUCAGGAUCUUCACAGCUUUCUCCCGGACAGCCUCAGGCACGUCAAUCAUAAUGGUUACCAUGACAGCCCGGAUGGAUGCACUGAACUGGAUGACGGAAAUAACAGUUCUAGUGACAUCAAUAGUGAUUAUGAUGAUGACGAUGAUGAUGUAGACGAUGACGAUGAUGACGUGAGCAGUUGUUCACCGAGGAGAACAAGCCAGUCCUCAGACAUUGACGGCCUGGGCCUUGAUGUCCCCCCUGGUUCCCCAUCAAGUGUACGGAGCAGUGGAGAUGGUAGCUCAUGCGACACUCCACCUGUCAAUCAGUGUACGUCAUCAACGGAUGAUGGCCGGACGGAUCGUGGGAAAUACUGCGAUUGUUGUUAUUGUGAAUUCUUCGGCCAUGCUGCACCUCCUGUGGCACCAACCAGUCGCAAUUACACUGAGAUACGGGACAAGUUAAGAAGACGAUACAACGAACGGCAGCCAAACAAGCCGGUACAUCAGAACAAGAACAAGAACAAGAACAACAAGAAGACGGCGAAUGCGACAGUCGUUGAUCACCGGUCGUUGGACGAUCUCUUGACGUUUAUCAAUGGGCAGAAAAUGGAAGAAGAAAGACUGGGGGCAAAAUCGAAAGCGCAAAAAAGAGCGCGGCAAAAACAAAAGAAGGCGGCUGAGAAGGCUAAGCAGAAUGAGAACACAAAUGAUCAAAUAGACGACAAAGCUCCUCCAUCUUCCCCCUCCAACCGAGGAAACGUGAAUGGGAUUCAUCACAACGGCACGAGUGAUGCAUUGAGGAACAAACGGGAGUCUGACGCGACCACAAACUACCAAACACCCGCUCUUAACGGAAAAGAACUACAAAACGGCAAACCAGUACACAGGGGUAAAGAACAGGAACAGAAACAACUACAAACACCAGACAAUGAUGGCAAGGCGCGAAAGAAGAGAAAUCACUCAAAUCAAGAUGUCACGAUGUCACGCCAAGUAGAGAGUCACGAAAACGAGUGCAACUUCGGUGCGCGGACAAAGACGGAAGAGAAGGCGGAGAAAAUACGACAGGUAUCGGGAUCACCUGAUCGUGGCCCUGUUAGCAAUAACAAACACCAAGGGCAAGAGAAAACAGGCGGUCCACCACCACAGAAAAAGCAAGGAAAAAAGAAGAAAAAGGCAUCAGUAGAUGAUGAUGAUGUUUUCAUGCCGCGCGAAGAUAUCGAGAAACUUACCCAAAUGGAUGAAGCAGAGCGUGAACUGGAAGAGUUUAAAAGAUUUUGUAUGAAUCUAACACCCUUGGAGAGAAGAGAGCGUAUUCCUGUAAACGUCAACCUCAAAGGGCUUCUAAAUGGCAAGAAAAACGGAUCUUCCUAGGCCAUGCCUUGAGUUUCCUAGAUGAGCUUACUCGGCCUUCUUGAGUCGAGGAGGCCUGUAAACUGGUCGCGCCAGUUUUUCCGGAGUUGUGAAUUUAAGGAAGCACUUCCUCGAUCAGUUCCGUUUUCUUUUCAAUGUAAUCUAAUGCACAGAGAAUUAUAUUGCCAAAUAAAAUAUCUAUUUAGUUUCGUGAAGAA